AUUUUCAUGUGUUAAACAAAAAUGUAGACAUUUCAUAUUUUCAUUAUUAUUAUUUUUAAACUUAACUAAAGUUAAGUCUAUGGUAGAAUGGUAUUGUACUUUUGUACAUGUUACAUUAUAUUCAUGACUUACCUGAGAUUAUAGUUAUAUUAUUAUAGUUCGUACAUUCAAUUUUCUACUUAGGAAAUAAAUAAAUGUAUACAUUAUAAUAUUAUUAUUAAAUUGUGGUUACUAUUAAUUGUUACAGUCAUUAUAAUAAUGUGAAAUAUUUUCCACAAUUCGUUGUGAACAUUAAAAGUAUGACCACAAUUCGUCUCCUAGGAAGUUUUACAUUAGCCUGCUGUAGUGCAGCAUUUACAACUUUAUUGUACAAUUAUUUCAACCAAGAAGAAACAGAAGUGUUAUUUUUUUAUGGAACUCUACCUCUUUGCAAUCUUCACCGAAAUAUAACAACUAUAACAACCACGAUUCAAAACAAUGAGUGUUUUGAGUGCAAACUUAGCAUAAUUAUUGGAUGGCUCAAUAAAUCUAAAAGAACUUUGGACGUCUGUAUGUACAUGUUAAAUAAUGAAUUGCUAUCAAAUGCAGUUAUUGAUGCUUAUAAGCGUGGAGUUAAAGUCAGGAUAAUUCUAAAUGAAGAUGAUCUCCAAACUACAUGGAAAAUGGGUAAUAUAGGUAUCUCAAAAAGAGUUAAUAAAGGUAAAUCUCAUGAAAAUUUAAUGCACCACAAGUUUGUUAUUAUUGAUAACAAAAAAGUGAUCUUGGGAUCUCUGAAUUGGACUAAAAUGUCAGUUCGAGCAAAUUGGGAAAAUAUAUUCAUUACAAACAAUUGUGAAUUAGUUAAUCCUUUCAGACAAGAAUUCCUAAGGUUAUGGAAACAAUUUAAUUAGUUUUAGAACCAUUUGUUAUAAAUUAUAAUUUAUAAAAUGUACAAUUUAUCAUAAUAAUAUAACAUGUUUUAAUUUUCAAAUUUUAUACAAUUUUGAAUUUCUUUAGAAAUAUAUUCUAUAUACCUCUGCCCUAUCCUUAAAAUUAUUGAUUGGUUACCAAAUACCAAUAUCAAUAAAUCUGUUGUAUUUAUUUAAUUUUUAAAUAAUGUAUUUGUUACUAUAGUCUACUCCGCAGAGAAUAAUCAGUCUGCUGACCAAUGUUCCCUCCAGAACUAGGAAAGAAAAGGAAUCGGUGCAUCACUAGUCAGAAAUCUCGUCAUCUAGGUCGACAUCUUGUGAUACAAAAAAACUGAUUAUUCUCUUGUGGAAUACUGUAUGUUUCA